UUUCAAAGUUCAAACCCAUUGGAAACUUCCAUUUCCCUCUUCUUCUCCGCGCCCACACACAGAGAGAUUACUAUCCGCAGAGAGAUUCUCUCGGACGGAGCAAAGGCGGAGUGGGUGAUGAUGGCGAGGAGAGCGGAGGAGGACUAUGAGUACCUGUUCAAGGCGGUGCUGAUCGGCGACUCCGGCGUCGGAAAAUCCAACCUUCUCUCCCGCUUCACUCGCGACGAGUUCUGCUUCGAGUCCAAGUCCACCAUCGGCGUUGAGUUCGCCACUCGCACCCUCCAAGUUGAGGGGAAAUGUGUGAAAGCUCAGAUAUGGGAUACGGCAGGGCAGGAGCGUUACCGGGCGAUCACCAGCGCAUACUACAGGGGAGCCCUUGGAGCGCUCCUGGUGUUCGAUGUAACGAAGCCCAAGUCCUUUGAGAAUGUGAACCGGUGGCUCAAGGAGCUGAGGGAUCAUGCAGACUCCAACAUUGUGAUCAUGCUGAUCGGGAACAAAACUGACCUGAAGCACCUAAGGGCUGUCUCCACCGAUGAUGCCCAGAGCUAUGCUGAGAGGGAAGGGCUAUCAUUCAUUGAGACGUCGGCCCUCGAGGCGACCAAUGUUGAGAAGGCAUUCCAGACAAUCCUCUCGGAGAUCUACCGAAUUGUGAGUAAGAAGUCUCUCUAUUCGGAUGAGCCCUCGAGCAAAGGCGUCAAGGAAGGGAAGACGAUUGUAGUUGGCGGCAUAUCGGAGGCAGCCAUUAUGAAGAAACCUUGCUGUUCUUCCUCUUGAAUGACAUAUCUGAGUCGAACAUAUAAUUUCCCUUUUGAAUUUCAGUCUCUUUCUGCUAGGAGUUUCAAUGUUCGAGUUUUGAUUUGAUUCAACCAUAUGAAGGAAAAUUGAUUGGUAUUAUUUGCAGAAAAA